CCUACCCUCUCCCCUCUUCAUCCACUCCACUCGCUCUCUUUCCCUCCCCUCUCUCUCUCUCUUCCGCAGCAAUGCGUCUGUUCCUUUCCUUCCUGGCUUCGCUCUAGUCGAGGACAAGAACAGAGGCAUUCCGUCGGCACGAACUCAGAGAGAGAGAAAGAGAGAGAGGGACUGAAGAAGCAGGUGGUCUUGGAAGGGUGCAAAAGGAAAGUGAGGAAAAGGGGAGAGAAGGAAGCCGAACGGAGGCAGCAUUUCCCCUCUGCUUGCCUCAUUUGCUCGAGAGAGAGAGAAAGAGAGAGAAAGAGAGAGAGGGGGAGGCAGCGAGUGAGAUCUACCUUUUUCGUACACUAGCUUCUCAAAAUGCCUGCUUUGACCUAGUUAAGACACCCCUCGAUUACCAUUCCAUCUGAGGAACGAUUUCCUAGUCCAAACCCAACUUUCCAAAUCCUAGAUAAUAACAUCCCCUGUUUUUCUCCUCUGUUUUGCUUUCUGUGCUCUGCUCCAGAAAACAGAGCAGCGCCAAACAGAGCAGGGUAGAAAACAGAGUCUCGAGCCUCUGUCUCGAAAUGGCGCAAAUCUCGGCCAAGGACCUGAUCCCGGACUCGUUAACCAUGUCCCGGGAGGACAUCGCGGGCCAGCUGGGGAUGGUGUGGGAGCUGAUCAAGGCGCCGCUGAUCGUCCCGGUGCUGCGGCUCUCGGUCUACGUAUGCCUCGCGAUGGCGCUCAUGCUUUUCAUGGAGAGGGUCUACAUGGGCAUCGUCAUCGUCCUCGUCAAGCUCUUCUGGAAGAAGCCGGAGAAGCGCUACAAUUGGGAGCCCAUCGAGGAGGACCUCGAGUCCGGGAGCUCCAACUUCCCCUUCGUCCUCGUCCAAAUCCCAAUGUACAACGAGAAAGAGGUGUACAAGAUUUCGAUCGGAGCAGCGUGCGGGCUGUCCUGGCCGGCCGACCGCCUCGUGAUCCAAGUCCUCGACGACUCCACCGAUCCCGUAAUUAAGCAAAUGGUGGAGCUGGAGUGCCAGAGGUGGGCGAGCAAGGGGAUCAACAUAGUGUACCAGAUCAGGGAGACGCGGGGCGGGUACAAGGCCGGGGCGCUCAAGGAAGGGCUGAAGCGGAGUUACGUGAAGCACUGCGAGUUCGUGGCCAUCUUCGACGCCGACUUCCGCCCCGAGCCCGACUACCUCAAGCGCGCCAUCCCUUACUUCCUCCGCAACCCGGACCUCGCCCUGGUUCAAGCUCGCUGGAGGUUCGUGAAUUCGAACGAGUGCUUGUUGACGAGGAUGCAGGAGAUGUCGCUGGACUACCAUUUCACCGUGGAGCAAGAGGUGGGGUCGGCCACGCACGCCUUCUUCGGCUUCAACGGAACUGCGGGUGUGUGGAGGAUCGGGGCCAUUAAUGAGGCGGGUGGGUGGAAGGAUCGGACCACCGUGGAGGACAUGGACCUCGCUGUCAGGGCUAGCCUCCGCGGUUGGAAGUUUGUCUAUCUCGGCGACCUGCAGGUGAAAAGUGAACUUCCCAGCACUUUCAAGGCUUUCCGUUUCCAGCAGCACCGUUGGUCCUGUGGUCCUGCCAAUCUGUUUAGGAAGAUGGUGAUGGAGAUUGUCAGGAACAAGAAAGUCAGAUUCUGGAAGAAAGUGUACGUUAUAUACAGCUUUUUCUUCGUCCGGAAGAUUAUAGCUCACAUGGUCACCUUCUUCUUCUAUUGUGUCGUCCUCCCCCUCACCAUUUGGGUCCCCGAAGUCCAUGUCCCGAUCUGGGGCGCCGUCUACAUCCCUUCCAUCAUCACCAUCCUCAACUCGGUCGGAACUCCAAGGUCGAUCCACCUGUUGUUCUACUGGAUCCUUUUCGAGAACGUGAUGUCCAUGCACCGGACCAAGGCCACCUUCAUCGGUCUCCUAGAAGCCGGGAGAGCCAACGAGUGGGUCGUCACAGAAAAACUCGGGGACACCCUCAAAAACAAGUCGAAGAAGCUUCGAUUCACUUUCAAUUUUGCAGAUAGACUCCAUCUCUUGGAGCUCGGGUUUGGAGUAUUCCUAUUCGUCACCGGGUGCUACGACUUCUUGUAUGGGAAGAACAACUACUUUGUAUACCUGUGGCUCCAGACGAUCACUUUCUUCAUUGCGGGAUUUGGGUACAUCGGGACAAUUGUGUAAAACGUGGCUCACCACCGACAACCCAAAGGCAAUGGUCAUCAGACGACCAAACAGCAGAAGACCCGAAAUUUAGUGUGUUUCCAGCAUUUGUGUUUUACAGCAUAGUUUAUAAUGAGUGGAAUUGAGGAGAAACCUCCAAUUAAGUUAUUGAUUAUUCAGAUCAUCAGGUCCCAAAAAAAGAGUUGUGGCGGAAAGUCCUUGCCAUGCUUCAUCCCAUACAUAUGUUGGCUUUUUGUUUUUGGGGUAAACUAGUGUCAGGAAAGUACAAAAGGGUGAAAGAACAAGAACCAAUGUUGCAUUCUUUCUACAUUCACAAUUCAGUCAUGUAGGGGCAAAUAAGAACAAAGCUUGUUAAUUAGUUUUAGUUGACAGAGGAAUGGGAUUGUAUCAUCUCGAUAGGUUGUACGUAUCCUUCUUUAAUUUUUCCGACAGUCGCCUCC